CUUAAACGAGCUUGCAGCCGCGUCCUUCCUUUGUUUUUAACUUCUCCGAUCAUCGUCAUCUAGUCUCAGCUCAUCGCAGGAUUCAAUGUACAAAUACAUUAUUACUGUCAACGGAACGACAUGAGGAACUACAACGAGGAGCUAUUACCUAGAAUAGCUCUGUAGUCCGACCAGUAGGGACGCUCCAUUCUACAUUCCCAUUACGCUUGAUUCUGGGGCACCUAAACCCGCACAAACCGGAUGGCGGGACGUUCGUUCUUGCAGGCGGCAGCCAACCUAUGGGUUCCAGCUGGAAUCGGAGUAUUCGCAAGAGAAGUUAGAACACGGUGCGGUGUCAACCGGCAGGCCACUGGCAACACUUCGCGUGCUCAUUCAUUUGCGUUCCCAGUCAACGGUCCACCAAGAGACAGACUUUGCGCUAUGCUUGUUACAUCCAACUCGUAUCAUUGUGUUUGUCGGUGUCAGACAGUAAUCACUCAUUGCAUUAUGUAUCAGCUUCGUCAUGUGCAUAGUACAUAUGUACACCGUUCAUUUUCUUUAAAAGUCCACACUGCUGUUGCAUCUCGCCAGGACAUGCCAACGUGGCAGGGCGUCACGAUUGCAAAUGUACACAGCUCUGCUACGCCUUCAGUGGACUGCUCGACGAAGAAUAUACCAUGCUCUGUGAAUAGCAUGACAACGGUUUCCCCAAUCCACAGUCCUCGCUCGCGAGCUGCGCAGACUGGUGGGUCUCGCGGCCCGCAAUAUCUUGAAUUUCUGGUAUUCGCUACAUCCUCACGUCAGCACAAACGUCCAUGUACAACUUGAAUUCUGACAACUCACUCUUAUGUAUCUGGCGACAAAAAAGGUAAGCACGCUGACAAGAACAAGUGCUAUUCCCGUAAAGGAAGCUGCCAGGAUUAUCCCGAUCACACAUACCCUCAGAGAGGU